UAGUUUAUUCAUAAGAAUUCGUGUAAUUAUUUAAAAAGAAAAUUAAAAUAAUUUUAAAUAAAAUUAAUAAAAAAAUGUGCAAUCUUCGCACUCAUACAAUUUCGAUUUUUAUUGUUGUGAACUGUCUGGCGCAAAUCGCUCAUUCGCAGCGAUUUCAAAGGGUGACGACCACGGAAAGACGUGUCUGUCCGGAGCGUUGCAAUCUGGCCUUCCGCUGUGACCCAUACUACAGUGGACCGCCGGUGUGGACGAUUGUGGAUGGUGUUUGCAAACUGUUCAAGACAGACUGCCUCUUCGCCAGCGCCAAUUGCCAACGUCAGAAUGCCUGUGUGCCAAAAUUGUCAACCACCUCACAACAAAUUUGCCAGACCAAGUGCAAGGAGGGGUGUGAGCGUGUGCCUGCUAAGCCAGUGUGUGCUGCUUUUCCCUAUGUAACGGUGCAUGGCGAUCGAAAUGAUGGCAUGAUAACGUUUCGAAAUCAAUGUGAACUGGACAAAUGGUCCUGUUGGAACUCAAAAGCGUAUAUUUCUGCAACCGAAGGCACCUGUUUUUGAAAUACACGGAAAUAACAUGAAAUAAUGGAACCAGAUUUGGAAAACCUGCACAGCGAGUGAAAAAUAAAAUCGAAUAGUAUGUCCAAAGCAAAGUCUUUUAAUUGGAAUGUAUUUGUGGGUUUGAAUUUAAAAAUAGCCGAAACUCAUAAGCCGAUUGGGAGUACAAAUAAAUACGGACACCCUUCUGUGGGCUCGAAAAAGUUUUUUUUUCAUUGAAAAAAGGCGAGAAUUACAUCAGUAAUUAGCAGUGUUUAGUGUCAUCUGGAAGCUCCAGCUCGAGUCCAGAUCCGACCAACAUCCAAGAAUUAUAGAAAAUCAAUUAAAAUAAAUAAUUAAAUUAUUUUUCUAAUUGCGUUAGCCCCUCAACAAGGAAUGUCAACAAGCUUCAAGUGUGUUCCUGGCAUAAAUAAAAGCUCAUCAUAAAAAUCCAUCCGCUGUUCGGAGGCGGCUUAGGAUAAACUAUACGUCCUCCAACAUUAAACGUCCACCACAAAUUGAAGGAGAAGCUCAGCCAAAAGUCUCUUCAGUGGCUACAAAAAUCUAUUGAAUAAGCUUUCGCCGUCCUCGUUCCAAAUCAUUGAACCAUUCGAUUUCUGCAAAAUAUCCAAACCGAUGACAGGCCAAAUCAUUUUCCAUCUUUCGAAAAUGCCAAUAUUCGGAAGUAGCAAUAUCUGGAGAAUACGGCGUAUGGGGUAAGACCUCCCAUUUGAGUGUUUUUCAAGUAGUUUUUGACCGUGAGAGCGUGCUGGAACUGAGCGUUGUCAUGUUGCAAAAUCAGCUUGUCAAGCAUUUCGGUCAUUUCUGGCCGUUUUUCACGCAAUGCAUGGAUCAAACACAUUAGUUGUAGUUGAUAACAUUUCGUAUCAAUGAUUCGUCUGGUUUUGGCAACAUCCUUCAUCCUUCAUCUACAAACUUUUUCGUUUGACCGGCUCGAUAUUUGUCUUCAACGUUAAUAUCGCCACUUUUGAAGCGUCAAAACCAGCAUUACCUUUCGGUCAGCGCAGAUUCACCAUAAACUUACACAAGUAUUCAGUGGGAUUCAGUUGCACUUUUCUUCCAAUUAAAAUAAAAAAAAACAUAUUUCACGCAGAAGCAGAUGCUCCGCAAUUAUUGUUGAUAGAUGUGAAACCUUUCCAAUGAAAUGAGUCAUCGCU